UGAAUAUAAUAAAGUUGCGAUCAUGAACUUAGAAAUACUUAAAAAUAUAUCCUAUCAUAACAUCAUUAUUUAUUUAUAUAUAAAGAAAAAAUACAAUCCAAAAAAGAAUUAAGACAAACUAAUCAGACGAAGCAUGUUAUAUACUUAGUACUAAAAAAAGCAGAGAAAAUAAGCUUUGUUAUGGAAACCACAACACUCUGAUAUUAAACUUUUGUUGUAUCUCUCUAAUUCGUGUAUUUUACUAUUUUGUUAGAGAACUUAGCUUUAGUUAUAGAUAAGAUACAUGAAAAAACAGAUCAAUUUUUACGAAAAAAAAACAAGAAAUUAGAUAGGAUUAAAAAAACUAAUAUACGGUUAAGACGGUUGAAUAUAAUAUGACAAUGUUUGCUUAUUAUUUACUAUAGACAGAUUUUGGUGCCUUCUUGUUUGUUAAAGAUAUGAAUAUAUUAGCUGCCACUAACGGAGAAGAUUUAUAUAUAAAGGAGAGAAAAGACAGAAUUUAAACCAACGACAAUAACUUCGAACCUUCGAGGAAAAAAGGAGCGUAAUACCACACAACUGGUCUGAGAGACCUUCUGCGAAAGUUUAACAUCAAAGUGUCAUCGUUUUCUAAAGAUAGUUCAUUUUCUCUCUGUUUUUUCUGUCGUACAAGUACGUAACAUAUCUUAUCUGUUUAAUUUAUCUCAAUUCUUUUUUGGAUUGUACUUCUUUAUAUAUAAAUAAAUAAUAAUGAUAUGAUAGAAUAUAUUCCUAAUUGUUUUUGUGUUGCUGAUCACAACUCUACAUAGUUAAUUAGGAACAAUAAUAAUUACCUUUUUGAGAAGGUGUUAAGAUCGGAAUAAGAAAGAAUAGAUAUUAUUGAUUAAUUAUCGUUGAGAUCAAAUUUUACUUAAUAAUUGAAAGUCUGCAUGAUGUUAUGAAACGCAUGAGAUUAAUUGCAUGCAUAAAUAAACAAUGAUGGAUGAAAUAAUAAUAUUUUCAGCGUGGAGGGGGUGCAAGUGGUAGAGGAAAGCUAGAAAUCAUCAAUAGGGUUGACAUUAAAUUAAUAAGGUGAUCAGUAAGAAUGGAAGGAGGGCCGGAGGCAGCGAGUAAGCAAGAGUUCACGGAAUUCUGGAAAAGAGCAACCAGUUCGCCAUACAUCAUGCGCCUUGCUCUAUCGGCCGGAAUUGGAGGUCUCCUCUUCGGCUACGAUACCGGUGUUAUCUCAGGAGCCUUGCUUUACAUUCGCGAAGACUUUGUAGAAGUUGAUAAGAAAUUAUGGUUGCAGGAAGUCAUUGUAAGUAUGGCUGUAGCGGGAGCCAUCAUUGGUGCUGCACUUGGUGGAUGGAUGAACGACAUGCUCGGCCGUAAGACCUCUAUCUUGGGGGCUGAUAUUGUUUUCUUUCUUGGCGCAAUAGUCAUGGCUAUUGCCCCUGCUCCUUGGGUCCUCAUCGUUGGAAGAAUUUUGGUUGGUUUUGGAGUUGGCAUAGCUUCCAUGACUUCCCCUCUCUAUAUCUCAGAAGCCUCUCCAGCUGCCAUUAGAGGAGCUCUCGUUUGUAUAAAUGGUCUCCUCAUUACCUUUGGCCAGUUUCUCUCCUACCUUAUCAACCUCGCAUUCACCAAGACUCCUGGAACAUGGCGUUGGAUGCUUGGGGUGGCCGGACUUCCGGCGGUGGUUCAGUUCGUUUUAAUGCUGACCCUUCCUGAGUCACCGAGGUGGUUGUACAACCAGGGAAAAGAAAAUGAAUCAAGGAAAAUCCUGGAAAAGAUUUACAGAGCAGACGAGAUUGAAGGGGAGAUAAAAGCUUAUCUUGAUGCCCCUAAUGUCUCUUCAUGGAACUGCAUGAAAUGUUUGAAAGCUGAAUGUGCCUUCUGUGCCAGCACCGGAGGCAAUCAUCUUCCAGGAGCAUGCCUGGCGGAAACAAAGGAAGUCAGAGUGGUGUGCGGUGAGCAAAAGCGCGUGUGGUUUUCUGAUGGAUGCCCAAGCAAAAUUGGAGUGCUUGCAGUUAUAGUGUUGGGACUAUAUAUCCUAGCCUACUCUCCUGGAAUGGGAUCAGUGCCUUGGGUUUUGAACUCAGAGAUUUACCCAUUGAGAUUCAGGGGAAUUUGUGGAGGCAUAGCAGCAGUUUCAAACUGGUGUGCUAAUCUCAUAGUGAGUUUGACAUUCUUGUCACUCAUCCAUGCACUUGGGGCUGCAGGAACAUUCCUCCUCUUUGCUGGGUUUUCCACAAUUGGACUCGUUGCCAUCUAUCUAUUGGUACCAGAGACCAAAGGGCUUCAGUUUGAAGAGGUUGAGAAGUUGCUUCAGAAAGGUUUCAACCCUUGCGAUUGCACCAAUCCAAAGACAGACGAAGAGAAAGCAAGUUCUAGUAAAUAAAUAAUAUCAUAUGAUGAAGCUGUUAGUUCUCUUUCUCCAUGUAUGUCGAUUUGUAUCCAACACAUUAAAUAAGAAAAGAGGCAUGUUGUAUGCAUACUUUUAUUUUUGUUUUCUCUUUUCAGGGAUGGAUUCCCCGAAAAUAAUCUAAAUUGUGUAUUAGCAUCAUUAUAUGUUCCGCUUUUUCAUUAUUAAAAAAAAUCACAAAACAUUUUCUUUACAUAAUUUACUUACUUUUUUUUUUACAAUAUGUCAGUGACGAAUUAUAUUGCCACAAUAACAAUGCAAAAUAUUAAAAUAGUCAAAUAUUUUUGAAUUUAAAAAAAAUUACGAAUAUAUAAACAAUUCAACCUUUUAUUUAUUCUAUUUAUUUUUACUAUUAGAUUAAAAAGUGAUAAUACAAAAAGAGAAUACAAUUCUUUUAGAUAAAAUAAAAUUUUCUCAUAUAUACAUUAGAAUGUUGAAAUCAUUUAUUUUUAAUUAAAAGUUUCAAAUUAAGCACAUAAUUAAUAUAUUUUAGAGAA